UUUGUCGGAGAGAGCGCAUCUGUUGAUCCUUACAAGCGGACGGCAGUCAUCCUUUUGGGAUUAAAAUCUGAAACCGGUUUUCAGUCCAUUCUGAGAGUGAACCACAUAUAUAGGAGUAAACUGAAGACCCAAAGAAAAAAUAUAUCCAUCGCUUUUAAGCGAAGACCCAUUUCUGGGAGCCUCCUUGAAAACCCAGGAAACAUGGAUGGAUUUUAUGACCAGCAAGUUCCAUUUAUGGUCCCAACUAAUAGAUCAUUACAUGUGGAGGAGCCAUAUAGCAGACCAGUUAAUGACAGAAAAAGAAAGUUGGUGGAAACUGAACUCGCUCAGGACACAGAGGAACUUUUCCAGGACCUUAGCCAGCUGCAGGAGAUCUGGAUUGCAGAAGCUCAGGUACCCGAUGAUGAACAGUUCGUCCCAGAUUUUCAGUCGGAGAGCUUGAUGUUUCAUGGUCCAACACCAACCAAGAUCAAACGGGAACCGAGUCCCUCAAAAGAACUCUCUCCCUGUAGCCAGGAUAGAUGUCCAAUGCUGUAUGGAGAGAAGUGCCUUUACAGCUACAGUGCCUAUGAAAGGAAGCCCACAGCUGGAUUCAAACCAUUGACUCCCCCCUCAACACCCGUCUCACCGUGUGGCUCCACCAACACCCACGGGACACGUCCAAUGCAUGAACAAACCCCUUCCCCUGUCUCUAACACAACAAUAGGGCAGGGUCUCCUUCACGGGCAGCCUUCAAUGACCAACUCCACACCCAGCCAGCCUGCACUCCAUCGGGAGAGCCCACCUUUUGCAGUACCCUGUCCACCCCUAAACCGUGACAUUCACUUCAAUAAUGAACCUCGAUUUCAGCGGCAACUUUCGGAGCCUUGCCUACCAUUCCAACCUUCUGAUACCCACGCAAGACCCAACUUCAUGCCACAGGUCCCCAGCAAUUCACCUAGAGAUGGAAGGCCACCUUACCAUCGCCAAAUGUCAGAGCCUCUGGUUCCGGUGCCUCAAGGCUUCAAGCAGGAGCUCCUUGACCCCCGCUAUGCUGAGCAAGGUGUUCCCAACAUGGGCCUAUCUCAGGCUACCUUCCACUCAAUGGCCAUCAAGCAAGAGCCACGAGACUUCUGCUUUGACUCUGAAUUGCCUAAGUGUCAGUCUUUAUUUGGGAGGGCAGCAAGCUUCUACCAAAACCAUGAGAACUUCUCAUUUGACCGAGAUCAGCAAUUGUAUUAUGAUGACACAUGCGUGGUUCCAGAGAGACUUGAAGGAAAGGUAAAGCAAGAGUCACCUGUUUAUCGUGAUGGUCCACCUUACCAGCGCCGCGGUUCCCUCCAGCUUUGGCAGUUCUUGGUCACGCUCCUCGAUGAUCCGGCCAACGGGCAUUUCAUUGCCUGGACAGGACGUGGAAUGGAGUUCAAACUUAUUGAGCCAGAGGAGGUGGCCCGACGCUGGGGCAUCCAAAAGAACAGACCGGCCAUGAACUACGACAAGCUGAGUCGCUCACUGCGCUACUACUAUGAGAAGGGGAUCAUGCAGAAGGUAAAGGUUGCUGGUGAGAGGUAUGUGUACAAAUUUGUGUGUGAUCCCGAGGCCCUCUUUUCCAUGGCGUUCCCAGACAACCAGAGACCCAACCUCAAAGUAGACCCCGAUGGCCUGCCUGGAGUUGAUGAUGACACUCUUCCAUUGACACAUUAUGAUGAGGCUACAUACUUGGUAGAUGGUGGAGAACAGUGUGUUGCUGGGAUGUCUUUUCCAGACGGUUAUGUGUACUAACCUGCAACUCUGAAAACCUGAAUUAUUGAUCUGACUGGAACACAUCUUUCCCCAUUACCUCAACUCUUUCUGAUCUGAUGCCCACUUUCAGAUUAACCCUCCCAAACAUAAAAAUUAAUGAGGAGAAAUCUGCAAGCCACAUUUUCUCUGGUGUCAAUCCACGAGAAGGGUGUCAAGGAGGCGAGGAAAGGCUGGUGCUUAAACCUUCCUCAAGGCAAACGGUCACAGCCGCAGAGAGGAGGUUGCACUGGAGCUGACUGUUGCUGAAAGACUGACGGAUCUCACUGCAAGAAUUGUAGCAAUUCUGUUUUUGACAAUCUUUUUUUUAAAAGAAAUUAGUAAUCAAUUAUUAACAGACAUGCUAACAAAAAACCUUCAAUGCAGCACUAUUUAAUAGAUGCCUUUUUGGUCCCAAUUAAUUUUGUGUUACCUCCAAACCAUGUAGACAAGAAGUCAAAAGGGCUUUGUUUUGCGAGGAGAAAAAAAGAUCAGUUUUGUUUCGUUAGACUUGUUAAGACCCUUUAGAAAGCUUUUAUACAACAAUUUUUGUUCAACUAAAUGUGGACAGCUUUAAUUAUGCUGAGGAAUCCUACAGAACAAUGCUUUUGUUUUUGUAUCAAUGGUUUGGUUCUAAAUCCUUUGUCAAAUGUUGUUUUUAUAUUAACUUCUAUUUUCAAGCUGGUUAACCCAAUUAAGUGUUGUUUAUCUGAACAUCAUUUAAACCAGAAGCACCCUUUUAUAAAUUCGUUUUUUUUUAAGUCAAUUUCACCGAACUGUUAAACAUGACAACAUUUCAGAUAAUAAUUUUUUUUUUUUUUUUCAGAAUGCCUAAUUGCUAUUUAUUUUGUUUUUAUGCCACAAUAAAAUUCCAAAAUUGAAAUAUAGAGUUGAUGUACAUUUUUAUUUGACAACAUUGAAAAGGGAUGCACUAGUCAGAAUUUAUCCAUGAGGAGUCUGAAGUGUAAGUAAAGGUAAAUCUAUAUAUUUGACAAGCAGGAGGAUCAGGGCCUUAAGGGCAUGCAAUAAGGUAAAAAAGAAUACAUUAUUUUCCUGGUUACCAACUCAUUGCCAAUUUCAAGUUGACAACAGACCACUGCUUCCUUUUGCAUGAUGUACUCAACAAUCCACUGUCCACAAACAUAUCACUAUUCUGGACAAAGAAGAAAUUGUGGAGUUCUCUGCAUUUUAUUUUAAAGAUGAACUUUUAUAUAUUUUUGCAAAGUCUGCAUUUAUUUGAUUUUAUUGUAUGAGCUGUAUAGUUCUGCCCGUAACAGAUACUGUAUGUAUGUUUUAAAUGGAUCCCUGCAUUGCAGUGACUGCACACCAGUGGUUACUGGACAUCCUUUCCUGGUGGGUUCGAGAGCAGUGCCUUUAAAAUGAGAAAUGCAGCUUAUACAUUAACAGAUUUCUCAUGGAAUGAGUGGCUUGUCUCAACCUCCACCACAGAAGGGUUGUCUACACUUGUACAGGCUGAACCUUGUCCCUCACAAUGUAUACCUUACACUGCUGAGGUAAUCUGUACUGGUUACAAUAAACUGUCCUUUCUGCUU